ACCCAUUCAUCCAUCAUGGCUCGCCACGAUAAGAUGCACUUCCAAUGUCUCACUCCGGUGGCAAUAGCGUUAUUCUUUGUCGCAUUCAGCAAAACAAAUGGAGCAAGUGUAGCUGUGGAUUCGAAAGAGCCAAACACUGAAACAGGCAACGAUUCGAUUUCAAGCGGAUUCGUUGACGAGAAACUGGAUCCUCGCACCAGUGAUGGCAUUGAAUAUUCCGGACGGAGUUAUGGAGGAUACGUUUCUGAUUAUGGCGUUACAUCAAAACCCAUUACAAACUACGGAUCUGCUUAUUCCGGAUCUGCUUAUUCUGGAACAGGAAACUAUGGCAGCGGCUCCUCUUACGCCAUGCCGGCUAGUAAUUACGGAUCCGGGACGAAGGGAGCUUACAAUGCGGGAAUCUCUUACGGAUCCUCCUAUAGUGCGGCUAACCAGGGACUCUCUGGUACACCUUAUGGAUUUGGAAGUUAUGGUGUCGGAUCUUCUUACACAGGCCCAUCUUAUGGAAGCUCAUCUUACGGCGUUACCCCUGCUUACGGCGUUACCCCUGCUUACGGCGUUACCCCUGCUUACGGCGUUACCCCUGCUUACGGCGUUACCCCUGCUUACGGCGUUACCCCUGCUUACGGCGUUACCCCUGCUUACGGAUACGGGUCUGGCUCCUCCUACAACAUUCCGGCCUACGGCGCACCAUCUUAUGGAAAUAACGUCGGAUCCUCUUACGGCAGCUAUGGCGCUUUUCCCCAUUCCGCGCAUGGCAAUAACAUGAACCUGCUCGGCUCUUCCUAUGGAAACAGCUACAGUGGAUCGAAUUACGGACCUGGAAGCUACGGUAUGAAUGCUGGAUCGUAUGGUGGAGUUAGUUAUGGCGUUCCAUCUUCCCCCUACUCGUCCUACGCCGGUCCAAUGGGUUCAUCUUCGCUGUAUGAUGAAAACUACGGUGGGGCAUCCUAUGGAAACUACGGUGGAUCGUCUUAUGGAAACUACGGUAGCAAUUCUUACGGUGGAAUGACGAACGGAGCCUACGGUGCUGGACAGGGAGUCAAUACCUACUCAAACGUGAAUGGUGGAUACAAUAGGAAUCCUUUUAGAUAUGGCAACAAUGCAGUCUACUAAAACGCUCCACGAAUGUUGUUUACCUUUUUCAGCUCAAAAUUGUUGCUUGUUAUUACUGUCUAAAUUCAGAUAAAACAGAUUUUCACCU